AUGGAAGAAGUUAAAUUACAGAAGGUUUCCCAUGAUGGAGAAGCCGUGAAGGCGAUUAAAGAUUGCUUUAGUGGGACUGUUGGUGGAAUUGCGCAAGUAUUAGUUGGACAGAGACUUCAAACGCAGCCAACACCAAAACCUGGACAACCACCAUUAUAUUCCAGUAUGUUAGAUUGCGUACGAAAAACUAGCAUAGAAGGCCUUCAAGUCCAAAUUACACCUACGCAAUCAUCUGCUUCAACUCAAGCUCAAUUAUAUUCCGGACCAAUUGACUGUAUCAAAAAAAUUUAUUCUUCAUAUGGAAUUCGUGGAAUUUAUAAGGGACAAGUAAUUUCUAUGGUGCGUGAAUUCCAAGGAUUUGGUGGAUACUUUUUUGUAUACGAAUACUUGUUGCAAAAUGCAAUGAAAAAAGAAAACAAAAAUAGAGAUCAAAUUGCUAGUUGGAAACUUUUACUAUAUGGUGCUACUGCAGGAUAUGGAAUGUGGAUACCUGUUUAUCCAAUAGAUUCUGUAAAAAGUAAAAUACAAACGGAUGGCUUUACACCUGAAACAAGACAAUAUAAAGGUUCCAUAGAUUGUUUCGUGAAAGUUUAUAGAAAAGAAGGUGUAAGAGGGUUUUUUAAAGGAUUUGGAACAUGUAUGUUACGUGCUGCACCUGUUAAUGCAUCUACUUUCUUGGCCUAUGAAUUUGCUAUGAGAUCUAUUGAAAAAUUUUAA